AGCUUUUAUUCGGCCAACACAAUGUACACUAAUACAUAUGUAUUGAAUUUAUUAGCAGAAUGUAACAAAAUUAUUGAACAUCUUUAUUUUUGAUAGUUGCAUUUAUUGUAUUAGCCAGUCAAUCUGGAAAACACGCCCACCGGGUCGAGCUGGAACUGCAGACGCUGGCGACUCGUGGAGGAUGUAGGAAACUGCUAUUUGUAAGGAAAAACGUUAUUGCUGAGCAACUGAGAGAAGACCAACGUAAAUAGGCUACUAGGUCUGGGCACCGAGAUCAGUGUACAGUUCCAUUGGAUAUUGCAAGCCUCCACCAUAAAAGCCAGCGAAAUAGAGCAGUAAAUAAAAGGAUGACAUAUGGUUGGAGGUUGGAGUGAGUAGCGUAGCAGAGAUGAGUCUCACAUCAUGGUUCCUGUUGAGCAGCGGGGGCACUCGUCACCGUCUGCCACUGGAGAUGAUCUUCGUCGGCCGAGAUGACUGCGAGCUCAUGCUGCAGUCGCGGAGUGUUGACAAGCAGCAUGCGGUCAUCAACUAUGAGGUGACCAGCGAUGAGCACAAAGUCAAGGACCUGGGCAGCCUGAACGGGACAUUUGUGAAUGAUGUCCGAAUUCAGGAGCAGAUGUAUGUCACGUUAAAGAUUGAUGACAAGCUGAGGUUUGGAUAUGAUAUCAACCUGUUCACGGUGUUGCAAGGGGAGAUGACUGUCCCAGACGAGGCUCUUCAGCAUGAGAAGUUCACCAGCCAGCUCCAGCUGACUAAGAAGCACUUCAACGGUGAGCCCACCAAGUCACCUGCCAAGUCCCCCGCUAAGACCCCCAGACCAGCCGAGACCAAGGCACCCGAGGGGACCACCAUGGAGCCAUCGGCCAAACCUGCUGAUUCACACCAGGGAGAUGACAAGAUGGCAGGGGACAUAGCAGCCUCGCACCGGGGAACACCUCUGUAUGGACAGCCAUCUUGGUGGGGGGAUGGGGAUGCAGACGAUGAGAACUCCUUCAAGCAGGAGACCAAGACGUAUGGGAAGAAGCAUGACAGCUCUGGGGCAGACGGCAGAGAGCCUAAGAGGAGUGAGAGGCCUAAGGAGGAUGGUCUGGGUCCUGAGCCCAGCUACUUUGAGAUCCCCACCAAGGAGACUCAGAUGGCCGAGGACAGCAUUCAUGAGAUCCCUACCAAGGACACUGAGUGGGCUGCUGCUACCACCGCCAGCAGCGCUCAGGGCCACGCCUCACCUCACGCCUUCACCAUCGAGUUUGAUGACACCUCCCCUGGCAAGGUCAGGAUUAAGGACCAUGUGUCCAAACUGACUCCGGACCACCGGCCCCGGCCUAAGAAGACCCCCCAGCCGGGGAGCAAGGAUCUCAGCACCCUACAGGCCGCCAUGAUGGCCUCUGAGAGCAAGGUGGCCGAUUGGCUGGCCCACAAUGACCCCCCCACGGUGCGCACUGAGUCCACAGAGGACGACAGCAAGAGCAUCAAGAGUGAUGUUCCCGUCCACUUCCACAGGCUCAAAGGCAGCAAGCAUGAGGACGGUACCCAGAGUGACUCUGAGAACGGGAUUGGCCUGCGCUUCGGCAGCCGGAGGCUGGCUCUGGAGGAGAGGCUGAGGUCGGCACAGGGAGGACAAGGAGGUCAGUGGGGUCGGACUACCGGCAACAGGACUACCUUCAUGAUCGAAUUCUACAACGAUGAUAACCCCCGCAAGCGACGCUCCUACUCCUUCUCCCAGACUGCACCGCUGCUUGGGGGUGCGGCCAGGGAGGCUCUUUGCCCCACCCCCCCCUCCCACUCUAAGGCCCCUUCCACCAUGACCACAGACUUCAGUAAGGCCCCGUUAUCAGCGGCCCUGAUAGCGGGAGCCCCCACUGCCGCCCGAGUUCUGAUGAAGCAGAGGUCUGAGGACCACAGCAUGGGGAGGAGCUCAGUCAGUACAGGCCACCAGACCACUGAUCCCAGCCCCAGUGAGGAGGGUCUGAGGAACCCUCAGUCCCAGGGGGACAGGGAGCAGGAGGAUGACCAGAGCGAUAAGGGAACCUACACCAUUGAGUUGGAGAACGGCAACCCUGAGGAGGAGGAGGCCAGGCGCAUGAUAGACAAGGUGUUCGGGGUGGAGCAGAAGCAGGAUCUGUCUGUCUCAGGACCAGUAGAACUACAACAAGGAGGAGGAGGGAAGGAGAAGAAGGACAGGAAGACAACAGAGAUGGAAGAAACGGUGAAACCAAGCUGCCUUCCAUCCGAGAGUAUGUCUGAGGACCCGGUGGCAGUGGGCAGUAGUCGCUGGGUGUCUCAGUGGGCCAGUCCAGCUGCUAACCACACCAGAACCGACCCAGAGGGGUCUGGUGCUGAGUCACCUGCCUUCGUCCAUCAGCAGAGAGAAGCAGAUGCCUUUGAGUCGGGCGUUUCCAUCCGAAGUACCAGCUCUGCCAACUCCAGUCUCACCGAGCGUAAGCGCAGGACCCUCCCCCAGCUCCCCAUCGACGACCCCCGGGCCAAGCCAGGGAAGAGCUUGUGCGGCCUGGGCCUGCAUCGCUCAGAGAUAGGGGAGAAACAGGACACGGAGCCCCAGGAAAAGGAGAGGCAGGUGGAGCAUGAAGGAGACGGGGCGUGUUUUACCUCCAUAGAGGAGGGGGAUAUGAUGAACCAGACCAAGGCCCCACUACAGGCCUUCUCCAAGCCCUCUCUCAGACCUAUGAGCAGCAGUGAGAAGAGGUCUGAGGAGAGGAGGAGGCGGGCGGAGGACAGGAUUCAGCACCACAACAAAGGAGGAGGGGACAGGGGGGAGAAGUCAGGGGGCAAGCCUCUGGUCCGUCAGGGCAGCUUCACCAUUGAGAAGCCCAGUGGUGUGGUACCCAUUGAGCUGAUCCCUCGGAUCAAAGGUGAUGCCAGUGUCCUGAGCCGCGAGCGCAGUGACUCUGUGGGCAGCAUGGACACAGCCACCCUGCUGAAGGACACAGAGGCUGUCAUGGCCUUCCUGGAGGCCAAGCUGAGGGAUGAGAACAAGCUGGACAGAGCCAACCGGGCAGGCUUCUUCUCCCCUGACUCAGACGUGGACACGGCCAGCACCUACAACCAGGCGGCAGGGGAGGGAGAGAAGAAACCAGCUCACCAGAAACGCCGCUCCCUCAGCAGCCUGUACAAGGAGAAGAGCAACCUGAGCUCAACCUCCAAAACCGCUGCCAGCACCAAUGUUCGCGAGCGCUUGGAGAGGAAGACCAAGACCAGAAAUGAUCCCAGCCGGCUAGAUGCUCGCCGCUCCGUUCAGCCUGCCUCGUCGCGGGCACGCCAACCCUCCCAGGAUCUCACAGAUGACGACCAGACCUCGUCCUUCCCCAUCUCCGACAUUCUUUCCUCUGACCAGGAGAGUUUGCAUAGUUGCACGUACAGCCGCAGCCACUUCACCUCUACGGAUGACCUGCUACAUUCCAAACUGGAAGCCAAAUCCAGAUGCAAGACCAGCUCCAGUAAGUCUAGUAAGACUCUCCAGGCCGCCACAGCUUCCUCCCUGGGGAAACAGUCCUCUCUGCCCCAGCCACGGCCUACCAGAACCUCCCUGCUCCGCCGGGCCCGGCUGGGGGACACAUCCGACACGGACCAGGCCGAUGCAGACAGGAUGUCUGUGGCCUCCGAGGUGUCCACCACCAGUUCCACGUCCAAGCCUCCAUCUGGUCGUAAAGGGCCCUCGCGGCUAGACAUGCUGGCCCAGCCCAGGAGGAUGCGGCUGGGCUCUAUCUCGGCCCGUAGUGACUCAGAGUGUUCAGUAGGCCGGAGCAGCACCUCCUCCCCUCGCCUGUCUGCAGAGACCAUACUGCGCCUGGGCCUCCGCUCCUCCACUCCCACCGACAACAAAAUGGCUCCUCGCAUGAGGGCCAACAGUGUGUCCAAGCUGACCGAGGCCAAGUCCAGAAUCAGCCCCUCCAUCCACAGCACUCCCUCAGCUUCUAACAGGUGGAGACGGCUGCCCCCAGAGUAUGGAUCCACCUCCGAGGAGGAGUUUGGCUCCAACAGGACUUCCCCCAAACCCGGGCGCCCCCUGCGCCCACACCCGGUCCUGAGGGGUACCAGACUGGGGGGCUCCACCAGCAGUCUUAACUCUGGUCAGGUUGGCCCUGGAGGCGGUGUCCUCAAACACCGCAUGAGAGAACAACAGGGGGAGUACGUCAAGGACUGGACCGCUCACAGCGAGGAGAUUGCCAGGAUCAGUCAAGACCUGACCAAGGACCUGGCCAUCCUCGCCCGGGAGAUCCACGAUGUGGCCGGAGAGGUCGACUCGGUCAGCUCCUCUGGCACGGCUCCCAGCACCACGGUCAGCACCGCCGCCACCACACCCGGCUCCACCAUUGACACCCACGAAGUGGUAGGCCGCACGCAGGAAGGCACGCAGGAGGGCUUGCAAAAGCUGAUUGACUGUGUGUUUGUCGAGAGCCUCAACUUCAGGAAGAUCCCUCCCAUGGUGCAGAACAAGGCCCCUGAGAUAAACGGACACCCUGUGGAGCACCGCCCCCGCGCCCCAGACAGCCUGGACUGUGUCCUCCAGAGACGCACAUGGAACAGAGAUGAGGCGGUGUUGGACAGUCUGCUGCUCACAUCUGUCUCUCAGCUGUCAGCCCAAAUCAGACAGUCUGUUGACAAAACAGCAGGAAAAAUACGAAUAUUGUUCAAAGACAAGGACAGGAAUUGGGAUGAGAUUGAGAGCAAACUCCGAUCUGACAGCGACAUACCACUCCUCAAAACCUCCAACAAGAACAUCUCCUCUAUCGUCUUGGAGCUGAAGAGAGUGGAGAAGCAGCUACAAGUGAUAAAUGUCAUGGUGGAUCCUGAAGGCACCCUGGAUGCCCUGAGCAGCCUUGACCUGACCAGCCCCCUUACACCCAAGCCCUCUCCUGCUUCUCAGGGGCCCCAGAAGACCCUCCCAGGCCCUGCAGCCAAGGGCUACACCGCCUCCUCAGCACCCACUGGGGGGUCAGGGUCUGUGUCAGCCAGAGACCUGGGAAGCCCGCACUUCAACCGCAUCCACCCCAGUGGAGAAGAGAGUGCCAUCACUCAGAAGUGAGGAGUUUCCCACCCUCUGCGAUGCUUCGUAUAUAGAACACCUGCCUCAUAGAACAUUUUCCCCUCUUUCGGGAAUAUUUCAGAAUGAACAUCCACCACCCUAUAACCAGUAACCUACCAAAGCUAACAGUAAAGAGUUUUUUUAUGUGAAAUAAUUGUGAAUAAAAUAAACGUGAAAUAAGUGUACAGUGGAGCAAACUCAAAAUGUUACUUAUUGUAUUUUGAAUGAUAAUGUAUCUGUUUUGCUGGUAAUCUGUUUCUAUCUAUUUUCUGCACACAUUUGUCUAAAAUACUGAAUUUCAACUUCUCUGAGCAAUUCUGUACCCAGAGAAUCUUAUAUGGUAAAAUGCAAUUUUCAUGAAAAAAUGUUUUUACUGUUAAAAACUAUUUAAGACUGUUACAGUACCAUGUUAAACUAUGUUACAGUACAGUAAUGCUUGUAUGUAGUCUAAACGAUUCAUUUUUGGAAUGCGACGCAAACGGACCUCCGUUGGCUCCGUUUGCGUAGACAUUGAGUAGAGCCCUUAAGCCUGGUCCUUGACCUGAAUUACAUAUUUCAUAUGAUUGGCAUUACUUGAUAUUUUUCCUGUUAUGACUAUGCGGUAUCUUUGUAAACUGGAAGUGAAAACGAAAAUGUGACAUCGACCGGAUCUUUUUCAUCUUGGACUAUUCUGAAUCCCUCCUCUUUACUGUAGUACUUUAUACAGUAACAUGAGUCCAUAAUAAUUUAUAAGAUGUACACCCUGAAUGGCCUUUGUUGGAGAGAGCUGGUUGGUCUUCUACCAAAAGGACCUCUGUCUGUUUAGUGUUGAUUUACAAGGACUUUAAAUUGGACUUUGAAAUUGUAUGAAACAACAUGACUGCAACAAAGUUACCGUCAAAGCUUUACUAGCUGUAACCACUGUCAUUAAAGAAAGAAGUUACCGUCAAAGCUUUAUUAGCUGUAACCACUGUCAUUAAAGAAAGAAGUUACCGUCAAAGCUUCAUUAGCUGUAACCACUGUCAUUAAAGAAAGAAGUUACUGUCAACGUUGCAUUAGCUGUAACCACUGUCAUUACUACAUAUAUGAAUGAGGAUCAUAAGACUUCUAUAGCAAGCCUUUUACUGACAUUGAAUCGCUCACUAUUCUACGUUUCCAUAAGGGAGGGUGUUUUCAUGUACUCCUACAGUAUGUGUGUAUAGACUUGACAUCCUCACUGUGUUUGCUGCUUCUCUUUAGUUCCCUUUUGGAGGGUUAGCCUGACCAUUUUACAAGCCAUUCAUGUAAAGUUAUGUGUCCUAGAAUAAAAUGUAUUCAAGAUAGUGCAACAGUAUAUAGAUACUUAAGCAAUAGUGAAGUUAGGUACCAGAAGACAUGCUCUCCAUCUUUUCUGCUUCGUAUAUAGACUUUGAUGUCACUAAGUGCCCAGUUUGAAUAGUAAAAUGGCAUAAUGUAUUUUAAAGAUGAGGAAUCAUCAAGAGUGGGCUGAAAUUGUAUAAUUUGUCAAAUGUGUCAAAGGCUCUUCUAGUGUCACCGUGAGUGGUUUUAGGAUUCAAAAGGACAAAACCAAAAACCUAAAUGGAACAGCUGAUAUCAGAAUGAGAUGCCUCUGUACCUAUCCUCUGCACACCAUCAUGUUUGUCAGUAUAUUACAUUAAAAAAAAGAAAGUGAUGGGAAUACUGAAGUGCUCGGUACACUUUUUUUGUUCAUUUGAAAGUUUACACAUCUUAUCAGUGUUUUACUUUUCUGUUUCAUUUUUUGUAUAAACCACCAUUUUAUUUAUUUUGUUAAUUCAAUGUAUUUUAUUGUUGCAAUUCAUGUGUUUUGUUAUGUUACUUUUUUUCAAUUAAAUAAAAAGUUUAGAUUCUU